UUUGUGUUUUUCGGAAAUGAAAAUGUUCUCCUAAAAUUCCUCACCAACAAACAGGAUAUUUAUCAAAGAGCAAUGUUAAACUGCUGAAAGAGGUGAAGCACAAGCCGUCCUGAAGAAUCUCCAGAACACGCAGAAAUUGUUUGAUACAUUUAACAUACAAAUAAAGCCAAGUCCUGACAUGGAGAAACAUCAGCACUCUGUCAAGGGUGAUCUCAAAAAACACCAGCGCAUUCACACAGGAGAGAAACCGUAUCACUGCUCAGACUGUGGGAAGAGUUUUAAUCAAGGGGGUCAUCUCCAAAUACACCAGCGCAUUCACACAGGAGAAAAAACAUAUCACUGCUCAGACUGUGGGAAGAGAUUUAUUGAACAGAGUACUCUCAAACGACACCAGCGUAUUCACACAGGAGAGAAACCGUAUUACUGCUCAGACUGUGGGAAGAGUUUUAAUAGACUGGGGACUCUAAAACUGCAUCAGCGCAUUCACACAGGAGAGAAACCGUAUCACUGCUUCGAGUGUGGGACGAGUUUUACUGUACAGAGUAAUCUCAAAAUACACCAGCGCAUUCACACAGGAGAGAAACCGUAUUACUGCUCAGACUGUGGAAAGAGUUUUACUCAACAGAGUCAUCUAAAACUGCACCAGCGCAUUCACACAGGAGAGAAACCGUAUUACUGCUCAGACUGUGGGAAAAGUUUUAAUCAACAGAGUACUUUCCAAAUACAUCAGCGCAUUCACACAGGAGAGAAACCGUAUUACUGCUCAGACUGUGGGAGGAAUUUUAAUCAUCAGAGUAAUCUCAGAAACCACCAGCGCAUUCACACAGGAGAGAAACCGCAUCAUUGCUCAGACUGUGGGAAGAGUUUCACUACACAGAGUAAACUCAAAAAUCACCAGCGCAUUCACACAGGGGAGAAACCAUAUUACUGCUCAGACUGUGGGAAGUGUUUUACUACCCAGAGUGAACUCAAAAAACACCAGCGCAUUCACACAGGAGAGAAACCGUAUCACUGCUCAGACUGUGGAAAGAGUUUUACUAAACAGAGUGAUCUCAAACGACACCAGCGAAUUCACACAGGAGAGAAAACUAUCCCACAUUUGUCCCACAGCAAUUAAAAGUGCAAAUCGUAAAUCUUUCAGACAGAAUACCUUAUUCUACAUAAAUGUUUCACUUUGUCACUUGGGACACGUUCCACAAGAAACAAACAUGAACUGAAUUUAACAAUGGAUUUUACAGGUUCAGCAA